GACUACUCACUUCCAAAGCUCCCAGCCAGCGCCCCACCUUGCCUGGCUGCCCGCGCGUGUCCGCCUGGGCUCAGGACCUUUGAGGGGCUCAGGGUGCGGGGCGCGCAGCCCGGGACUGUGCUCCAGCUGCGCGGGGGUGAACAUGGCGGGGCCGCGGGCGCUGUUUCUCCUGGGCUUCCUCGUGCCCGCGCUCCUGCUCCCGGAGGCCGCCAAAAUCCUGACCGUGUCCUCACUGGGAGGAAGCCAUUAUCUGCUGUUUGAUCGGGUGUCUCAGAUCCUUCAAGAUCAUGUUCAUAAUGUCACCAUGCUUCAUUAUGGAGGAAAUAUUUUAAUCUCAGAAAAGAAGGAAAAAACAUACCAAGCUAUCAGUUGGCGUCUUUCUGAAGACCAUGAAAAGGAAAUAAAGAAAUGCUUUAAUUUUUUUGUGACAGAAGCUCUGCAUGGCAGAGAAGCACAUGAGAACUUUGUAAAGUUAAUGGAACAACUGGGGACUCGAUGCAGUCAUUUGCUAAGGAGAAGUGAUAUCAUGCAUUCCUUAAAAAAUGAGAACUUUGACCUGGUAUUUGUUGAAGCAUUUGACUUCUGUUCUUUCCUGCUUGCUGAGAAGCUUGGGAAACCAUUUGUGUCCCUUCUUCCCACCCCAUUUGGCUCUGCAGACUUUGGGUUACCGAGCCCCCUGUCUUAUGUGCCAGUAUUCCAAUCCUUGCUAACCGACCGCAUGGACUUCUGGGGUCGAGUGAAGAAUUUUCUGAUGUUCUUUGAUUUCUCCAUGAAGAACUGGAAAAUCUACUCUACGUUUGACAACACCAUCAAGGAACAUUUUCCCAAAGGUUCUAGGCCAGUUUUGCCUCAUCUUCUAAAGAAAGCAGAGCUGUGGUUUGUUAACUCUGACUUUGCCUUUGAAUUUGCUCGGCCCCUGCUUCCCAACACUGUGUAUGUUGGAGGCUUAAUGGCCAAACCUGUUAAACCACUGCCACCAGAGUUUGAGCAUUUCAUUGCCAAGUUUGGAGACUCUGGUUUCAUCUUGGUGGCCCUGGGCUCCAUGCUGGACACCUUUCAGUCCCAGGAGGCUCUCAGGGAGAUGAACAGUGCCUUUGCACAUCUCCCCCAAGGGGUGAUAUGGAAGUGUAAGCCUUCUCUUUGGCCCAAGGACAUCGAGUUGGUAGCAAAUGUGAAAAUCAUGGACUGGCUUCCCCAGAAUGACCUCCUGGCUCACCCUCGCAUCCGUCUUUUUGUCACCCAUGGUGGGUUGAAUAGCAUAAUGGAGGCCAUCCAACACGGCGUGCCUAUGGUGGGGAUUCCUGUCCUUAAAGACCAGCAUGAAAAUGUGGUCCGAAUAGAAGUCAAAAAUUUAGGUGUCUCCCUGCAGUUAAAGCAGCUGAAGGCUGAGAUGUUGGCUCUGAAGAUGAAGCAAGUCAUAGAAGACAAGAGGUACAAAUCAGCAGCGGUGGCUGCUAGCAUCAUCAGGCGCUCCCACCCCCUGACCCCUGCCCAGCGGCUGGUGGGCUGGAUCGACCACAUCCUCCAGACAGGGGGUGCAGCACACCUCAAGCCCUACACCUUGCAGCAGCCGUGGCAUGAGCAGUACCUGCUAGAUGUCUUCUUGUUCCUGCUAUUGGUCACUCUGGUUGCCGUGUGGCUCUGUGGGAAGCUGCUGGGCAUGGCGGCUAGGUGGCUCUGUGAGGUCAGGAAGCUGAAGGAGGCCUGAGUCCACGUGCAACCUGUGGAGGGAGGGUUGGGAGACAGUGACUCUUAGAACGUUUCCCCAGCAUGGACCGCCACUGGUGUCUUUUUCUCACAGACACUCAACAGUGGCCAGAAAAUUGCUCCUUACAGUUCUGCCUCUGUUUAGACAGCCUUAGAAGCACUGCUGGGAUUUUUUUAAAAUUCUGGUAAAAUAGACAUCGCAUACAAGCUUCCAUUUUUAUCAUUAAAUACACAGUUCAGUGACCUU